AUGGCUCAAGACAGUGAAGCAACGGUAAACUUCGUUGCCUGCUCUCUCAUGUCUGUCGAAGAUAACUGCGUCCUUCAUCCGCUUAAUUUGCAUGAUCUGUACCUUCACAUAAGCCUUUCCGGUAGGAGCUCAAACCCCACUCUACAUAAUGCGUCUUUCCCCUUCUCCUCCUCCUCCUCCUCCUCAGUGAUCUCAAUAGGUGAAAGGCACCCACCAUUAAGAAGUCCGGUCGAGAGGCUCAUUCACAGUCGCUGCUCUGAAAUCCGACGACUCUCAAUUCGUAUAUGCAAACCUGCAAGUAAUCAGAGCAAAAUUGAUUGCUUUCAACAUCUUCCGUCUUUGGCCCGGGAUCAUUUCCUCCCUGCCCUCGAGAAAUGCGGACCGAAUCUGCGGUAUUUGGAUGUGUCCGCUGAGCUCAUUUGGUCCUGUUGCUCAGAUGUGACAACCAAACAGAGGCUUCUUCGUCUACAGAACAAGUGCGUAAACGUCUGUAAGUUGACGGUGAUUGCAAGUGGUGACCUGUUUGUCGAGCAGCAACUACGUCCAUCUGCACAGGAUACUUGCACUUUUUUGAAUGUCUUUCCAGCACUGGAGGAAGUGCGCAUUGUCACUGUGGACAUAUUCCACGACCGGACAAUUCACGAGCUUCUGGCUACCUGCCCUCACAUUCGACGGCUUUACAUUUUCUCCCUGAGGACUCGAACCUUCGACUUCGCCACAUUACCACCAGCUAACGCCCUCGAGCUUCUUUUCCUGGAGUUCUGUAGGGUUUACGUGGAUAAGGAUUUCCUGAUACUUUUAAACGAGACACUUGCCAAUCUUCGCUCCGUCAAAUACCUUCUGCUGAAAUUU